UUGGGAGGAACGGUUUUCAUUUCACCCUCCCUGUGCCAGGCCUAUUCAAAGAGGAAAAGGGGGGAAUGCAGAGGGAGAGGGAAGCAGGGAGGGAGAGCGGCUGCUUUGGGUGGACCUCCCCAGUCUGCUGACACAAGCAGUGUAUGAUUCACUCUCACACCCACUGUGCAAUGCAUUCCUGAGCCUUACAGCAGAGCACUCAUGUCACUUGUUGAUCAGGGAACCGCACAGUACAUCAGGACCAGCUCGCCUUCGGAUACCGUAAUACCCCCCCCCAUUGCUCCUUUCGAAGAGAAUGAUAAGCGAGACCUAACUUCGUUCAAAGAUGGAAAAAAACGACGGCGGCUCCGGGGAAAAGGUGCCAAAAAUGUCACUCAGCAAAAAAUGGGCCUCUCUGAAGGAGAAGCUUUCACCUCAAGAUUCGGACCAGAGCGAGGCCAACUUGGAGAAUGCAGAUCCCGAGCUGUGCAUCCGCCUCUUACAAAUCCCAUCUGUGGUGAACUAUUCUGGCCUUAAGAAGAGACUUGAGAGCAGUGAUGACAACUGGAUGGUGCAGUUCUUGGAGCUCAGUGGUUUGGAUCUUCUGCUGGAGGCCUUGGACAGGUUGUCGGGCCGAGGAGUGUCCAGGAUAUCUGAUGCUCUCCUCCAGCUCACUUGCAUUAACUGUGUCCGAACAUUAAUGAAUUCCCAUAAGGGGAUCGAAUACAUUGUCAACAAUGAAGGCUAUGUUCGAAAGCUUUCUCAAGCUCUUGACACGUCCAAUGUGAUGGUGAAAAAGCAAGUGUUUGAACUGAUUGCGGCCCUGUGCAUGUACUCCCUGGAGGGCCACGCGUUGGCUCUGGAUGCACUCGAGCAUUAUAAGGCUGUGAAGAAUCAGCAGUAUCGAUUUAGUGUCAUCAUGAACGAGCUCUCCGCAACGGAUAACGUUCCUUACAUGGUCACGCUGCUCAGCGUCAUCAAUGCCGUCAUUUUGGGAACGGAGGAGCUGAGGCUGCGCAUACAGCUGAGAAACGAGCUCAUAGGUCUUCAGCUGCUGGAUGUGUUAACGAAAUUAAGGGAUCAUGAGGAUGAAGACUUGUUAGUUCAAGCUACUGUUUUUGAGGAAGCCAAGUCAGAGGAUGAUGAGGAUCUCCUCAAGAUUUACGGAGGAAUUGAUAUGAACAAUCACCAAGAGGUUUUCACAACACUCUUUAACAAAGUGAGUUGCUCACCAUUAUCAGUCCAGCUACUCUCCAUUUUGCAAGGUCUUUUGCAUUUUGAUGUUUCACAUCCCUCCAGCCCAUUACUUUGGGAGGCCUUGGAAUUUCUGGUGAACAGAGCUGUUUUGCUUGCAGAUGACUGCAAAAGUAACAACCUUGAGGAGGUCAUGGACAGACUUUUAGUUUCCAAGAAACAAAAUAAACAAAAAACCAAAGAUCAAAAUGUCGAGAGAGUACACAAAAGUAUACAGACAGACAAACCCAAAGAUGAUCCUUGUAAGGCACAUUCAACUGGUCAUAAGACAACUGAAUCCCCAAAAGGUUUUCAGGAGAUGACAGUUUCAAUGAUUGAAAACACUUCAACUCUUUUAUCUGGAAGCUCUCCUCCUUCAUUGCCUAUGGACCAGUCUACAUCAUCAUCUCCUCCUCUUUCCUCGAUACAGGUGUCGCCUCCACCACCACCUCUUCCUGGCUGGGAUGGAUUUCCAUCUCCCCCUCCUCCUCUUCCAGGUGCUUUGGCAUCACCUCCACCACCUCCUCCUCCUCCACUUCCUAGUAUGGGGGUCUUGCCUCCACCGCCACCUCCUCUUCCAGGAACGGGGGGAAUGCAACCUCCUCCUCCACCUCCCCUUCCAGGCAUGGGUGGCCUACCACCCCCACCACCUCCCCUUCCCGGCAUGGGUGGCCUACCACCCCCACCACCUCCCCUUCCCGGCAUGGGUGGCCUACCACCCCCACCACCUCCCCUUCCAGGCAUGGGUGGCCUACCACCCCCUUUUCCAGGAGCUAGUGGUCCACCACCUCCACCAGGAAUGAUGCCACCACCACCACCACCUCUAGGAGGCUUUGGUGAGCAAAUUAUUGUUGCACGUGUUGAUUAUUCUUUGGGUUACGCAAGACCACCCUUCAUCAAAGUCAACAAGCCAUCAUUAAAAAUGAAGAAACUAAACUGGCAGAAACUGCCUCCCAACGUUGCUAAAGAUGGCCAGUCUAUGUGGUUUUCACCAAGCACCAUUGUAGAAACUCCAGAGCCCAACUACUCCAGCAUCGAGCAGCUCUUCUGUCUUCCACAAGCCGCAGUCAAAGACAAAGCAGCACUACCAGUAAAGAAACCACCAAAAGAGAUUUCAUUUUUGGACUCUAAAAAGAACCUCAACUUGAACAUAUUUUUGAAGCAAUUUAAAUGUCCCAAUGAAGAGGUAAUUAGACUGAUUGAAAAAGGAGAUCGUUCUAGGUUUGACAUUGAAGUUUUAAAACAAUUCCUCAAGCUGCUUCCUGAAAAACAUGAGGUAGAAAAUCUGAAGGCUUUCCAAGAAGAUAAAUCCAAGCUCUCAAAUGCUGAUCAGUUUUAUUUGCUGCUUCUUGGCGUUUCCAACUAUCAGCUCCGGAUUGAAUGCAUGCUGGCUUGUGAAGAAUGUAGCCUCAUGCUAGAAACGCUACAACCAAAGGCGGACGUUGUCGGCAAAGCUUGUGAUGACAUUCUUGCCAGCCACAGGCUUCCGAUCUUCUGUCAACUUGUAUUGAAAGUUGGGAACUUUUUAAACUAUGGAAGUCAUACUGGAAACGCCAAUGGCUUUAAGAUAAGUACCUUACUGAAACUGACUGAGACAAGGGCCAAUCAAACCCGAAUUACUCUACUGCACCAUAUCUUAGAGGAAAUUGAAGGAAAUUAUACAGAUCUUCUGGAGCUUCCAAAUGACCUUGAGAAGGUAGCGAAAGCUGCUGGAAUUAAUGUAGAAAAUAUUUACUCUGAAAUCAGUCUCAAUCUAAAAAGAUUAAAAGAACUACAAAUGAAGAUCUCCAAGUCGUCCAGUGACAUCAGAGAACAGUACGAAAAAGGUGUUCGGGACUGUUUUGAUGCACUAAAGGACUUGGAGCUACAGCUGGAAGACAUUUCGCAGCAAAAAAAGAAAUUGGCAGAUUAUUUAUGCGAAGAUCCAACAAAACUUUCACUGGAAGAUACUUUUGGAACCAUAAAAACAUUUCGGGACUUCUUUCUGAAAGCAAGGAAGGAAAAUAAAGAUAGAAAAGAGCAAGCUGUAAAGGCAGAAAAGAGAAAGAAGCAAAUCGAGGAGGACGAAGCAAAAAGACAGAAAGGAGAGAACGGGAAAAUCAGUUGCAAAGUUCGCAAAGGAGGGCCCAAGAUAGAAGAAGGUUGUAUCAUUGAUGCUUUACUGGCCGAUAUCAAAAGAGGUUUCCAGCUCCGAAAGACUGCGAAAAGCAAACCAGAUCCUGAGGAUGCUCAAAGGAACUCGAGUUGCGAUCUAAAUGGCAAACCAGGGCAAGUAAAGGAUGAAGACUCAAAAAAGACGGAUAGUAUAAAAGACCGUCCCACUGAUAAUAGUAAAGAUAGCGCCAAGCCAUCUCCUGCCAUUGAGGCCACUGAAGACCAAAGGGACCUGCCUCUGGGUCAGCCAUCAGAUAACAUAGUUGUAGAUGAAAAUGCAUGUAAGGCCACUCAAGCUGCACAAACUUGUGCUGGAAAUAAUGAUAAAAAAGAGACCUUGACCACAGAAGCUUCUAGUAUUCAUGUGGACAAAGAGAUUAUUCCUGUGAAUGUUAAGCAAGAAUUAUCUACUGAUUCUGAUGACCCAAAUUGUACCAGUGUUGCAGCCAAAAAUACAACGCAUCCCCAGGAUAUUGAGGUGCCACCACAGAAUUCCUUGCGUAAAAUGGAGAAACCUCAAUGUCAAGCUGAUGAAGUAGACUCCAAAAGCACAACAUUUUUGAAAGACGUUCCUCAUGACCAGAAUAAUGAAACCGAUAAACACUCUGCAACAAAGGGAAAAACAUUGACUGACUCUGUGCUAGCUUUAGAAAGAGGGUCAGUUGAUGUUUCUUCUAAGGAAAUCUCGUCAUUGGCUGACAGUUCUGUUUUAGUUCAAAAUAAGAAACCGGAUCAGGUGUCCUCAAUAGACCAAAAGGAGAAAAUGGAUGGUUCCCCACUACAUGGGAAGAGUGAGGUUGCUAAUGUCUUCAAAUUAGAGGAACAGAAUGGGGCUUCUGUUGAUUUGUCUUCAGUGCAAAGCAAAGAGAUGAUUGAUGAGUCCACAUCCAUCCAUGCUGAUGGGACCACCGAUAAACUCCCACCUGUCCCUGUCCAGAACAAUGGAGCCACUGAUGUUCCUCCAUCAGUUCAGAAUGAUGAAACUACAGAUGUUUCCCUGCCAGCUCAAAAAAAUGGGUCGGUUGAAGGACCUCUGCCAAUUGACAGGCAAAGAACAACCUGAAGUCGUCCCUCAAGCCAAUGAAAAUAUUUUAAGUGAUGGCUCUAUUAAUAAAUCAUAUGAAACGACAACGGAGUUACAAAGUUCGGCUGAAUCAAAGGUCAAAAGGAGCUCGACAAAAAGUAAAAAGAAAAAAAGGAACUCAAAAAACAUAGAAGAGGUUGGAGUUGACUCUGGCACACACAAAACAAAGAGUUGUGUGGUACAGUAAGGUUUCAGAACAAAGAAUAUCCCCAAGCAGUGAAGAUCUUGGAAAACUACUGUCAUCUGUUCUGUUUGCCUACAUUUUGAAUUCUUUAAAUGCUUUUUGGGAAACUUGCUGUAUAUAACUUUUUUUUGUUUUUCAACUUUUUGUAUAUAGCGUUUUAAUGUUCUUUCUUUAUACAGAUCCCUUUAAAAGGGUUUUGCAUAU